AAUGUUUUAAAUAUACAUAACUGCAUUUUUUUAAUUUAAUGAACUUGCAUAAAAACACAUUGAGACUUACUCAAAAUUGAUGAUAGUAGGGAUAUUGAUGGAUCUCAAAUUAUCCACAAAAUAAUUAGGUUAAGUGUUUCAAUUACGUGUAUAAGAAAAAUUUAUCAAAAAUUGUGUAUUGAUAUUUCCGUAUGAAGAAAUGUAUUUUAUUGAUAAUAUAAGUACAAAACUAGUAUAAAUAGAGAAGGUAUCUAAGAACAAAGACGUAUGGAAGUACAGUACAAGUAGAAAAUUAGUAUGAAUACAAAAGGUAUCUAAUAACAAAGACGUAUGAAAGUAUAGUAUUGCUUUUAAUCGGAAAAAAAUGUAUUGCUGUAGAAGAAUUUGGAUCCCUCUUCUUCUUGCCAUUGGUCUUGCUUUUAUAGGCCUUCAAGAGAUAGUAACGGCGAUAUAGUCUCCAACGAGGAUCAGAUACCUUUAAAACCGGCUUCAAUGAUUUGACUUCAGUUACAUUGCAGUUUGAAAGUGUCAGCUCAGCAUGGACCGCCUUUUGAGCAUAGUAUGGGCAUCAGACCUCCGAGGGCACAUUUGUCUUCAUGCGGGUUUGAAGGACACUGGAUCGGGUUCUCGGAUCGGGUAUGGAGCGGAGUCAAAUCCGCCUCUAACAGAUAUAUAAUUGUUGAUGAAGGAUAUAGAUUUGGUUAUGGAGAAAUAAAGAUAAGGGAGACGAACAGAUUGGGCUGAUGUUUUUGGUUAUUGUUUGUGUGAAUGAUUGUUACUCGAGCCCCUUAAUUAAUGGGUCCAAAAAGCCUGCCACAAAAACUGCACAUAUGUAAUCGAUACACAAGUAUAAACAUGUAUAAAUUGUAACAUUUUAAUUCUUAAAACUUAUAACAUAUGAAUACAAAAAAAUAUACAGGAUUAGUUUAGUUUGUUGUUGUUUGCGCUUUAUGAAAAAUGAAAGUAUAAUUGUGUCUAAAUGAAGAUUAGCGCUUUAUGAAACACAUAUGAAAGUGUAUAUUAGAUCCAAAUAAUACAUCUAAAAAUAUUUUUCAUCAUCAGAAAUUUAUAUUAAGAAAAUUGUAGUUCCAGUAUAGUUGCGUGUAAAUGAUGAUUAGCGCUUUAUGAAAAUGAAAAAAAAAAUGCAAACGUGAAGAUAAUAUGAAGAGGAAAGAAAGUGGCUCUCACGAGGUCCAUGUUUUUUGGAUCUUGCUUUCUUUUACGUAAUUAGGAUAGCAUAACGUGAAGAGAUCAUGUAGAGGUUACAUGUUUAUUUUGCAUCUUGCUUUCUUUCUAAAAAACCAUCGGUUAACAUAUAUAAUAUCUCUAUAUAUUCGACAAACGACAAAUAGCCCGAGCUAGAAGAAGUUUGUCUUGAUGAAAAAUGGAAGCUCAAAUUCUGUUUCUCUAUCUCUCACUCCUCGCUCUCUCUCUAAACUUCUUAUUUCAGUAUCUCAAGCCGAGGCUAAGCCGCAUGCUCCAGCCUUCUCUUGAAACUCAAGCCAAGGCCGCCAUUUUAUCAAGAAAAGAAGUAGCCGAGUUUCUUGAUUCUCCCAUUGUGGAAGUAGUAGAAGAGGAAGAAGAUGAAGAUAUCUAUACAAUUUCUAGUUCCACGUUCGAUUUUGAUCCAUACAUGGCGAGCAAGGCCGAAGCAGUGAACAAAGCUCUAGACGAAGCCAUACCGGUCGGGGAGCCACUCAAGAUCCACGAAGCCAUGCGUUACGCGGUUCUUGCGGCCGGAAAACGCGUUAGACCUAUUCUCUGCCUCGCUUCCUGCGGUCUAGUAGGCGGCGAAGAAAACGCCGCGAUGCCAGCGGCUUGUGCGGUUGAGAUGAUACACACCAUGUCACUAAUCAAAGACGACUUGCCUUGCAUGGACAAUGACGACCUGCGUCGUGGGAAGCCCACCACUCACAAAGCCUUCGGCGAAGGAAUCGCCAUUCUCUCCGGAGGAGCUCUCUUGUCUCUUGCGUUUGAGCACAUGACAACGGCGGAGAUAUCCUCGGAGAGAAUGGUUUGGGCGGUCAGGGAGCUGGCUAGGUCCAUUGGAACUAGAGGGUUGGUCGCGGGACAAGCAAAGGACAUAAGUAGUGAAGGUUUGGAGUUGAACGACGUCGGUUUAGAGCAUUUGGAGUUUAUCCAUGUACACAAAACUGCUGUUCUGUUGGAAACUGCUGCGGUUCUUGGAGCCAUUAUUGGUGGUGGGUCUGAUGAAGAGAUUGAGAGUGUAAGAAAGUUCGCAAGGUGCAUUGGAUUGUUGUUUCAGGUGGUGGAUGAUAUUUUGGACGAGACCAAGUCGUCGGAGGAGUUGGGAAAGACCGCCGGAAAAGAUCAGCUACUUGGAAAGCUGACGUAUCCCAAGCUGAUGGGGUUGGAGAAAUCUAAAGAAUUUGUUAAGAAAUUGACUAAAGACGCACGUCAACAUCUCCAUGGGUUUAGUACGGAGAAGGUGGCACCUUUAGUAGCUCUUACUAAUUUUAUUGCCAAUAGAAAUAAAUGAAGUGUUACGUGUUUUAGAACUUUGAUAGUUUGUUUCUUUGUGUCGGGUUUAUGUAUACAUGCUAAACUAGUGUGCUUACUUUUAAGUGUAACCGCAUUUUUAUAUUUUUAUUUAAAAUUUGUAAAAUC